AUGUUGACUCUGACUGUGUGUCUGUGCUGUGUGCUGUCUCUGGCCUCAGCUGAAGUGGGUUUAGGUGGAAAGGUUCUGCUGUUCCCAUAUGAGACAGACUUCAGUUUUGUGAAGUUAACUCCUCAGAAGCCUUUGGGCUUGUCCUCCUUCACACUCUGCAUGCGCAUCGCCACGGAGCUGCAGGGAGAACGCCAAAUCAUCCUCUUCGCUUACCGCACGCCCGACUAUGACGAGCUGAACGUGUGGAGGGAGAAGGAUGGACGCGUUUCGUUUUACCUGAGCGGAGAUGGAGCGUUUUUCCACCUGCCUCCCCUCUCCACCUUCCGAACCCAUCUGUGCCUCACCUGGGCCUCCCGCUCAGGCCUGGCUGCGUUCUGGGUGGAUGGGCGGCGAAGCGCGUUUCAGCUUUACAAACCGGGUCACACCAUCCGCCCCCGCGGCACCGCACUGCUGGGACAGGACCCCGACAAACACCUGGGAGACUUCGAGGCUGUGCAGAGUUUUGCUGGAGAGAUUACGGAGGUGAACAUGUGGGAUUAUGUCCUGUCAGGCAGUCAGAUUAAAGAUUUGUACUUUAACCAUGUACAGCGUGUGCCCAGGGGAAACGUGUUUGACUGGCGCUCCAUAGAGUAUGAGAUCCAUGGCAAUGUGAUGGUGGUGCCCGAUGACUGA